AUGUUCUGCCAGAUCCUGGGUCAGGCCACGAAGCAUCCGAACUCCAUCCUCCUCUUCAUUUUUAUUGGAGAAGAGGGUACGGGAGCAGUGCUGUAUGUCUUGUGCUUGGUAUUGUUCGAUCCAGAUGUCAGUUGGGGUAGGAAGCAUAACCCAGAACGCUGGAACGAACGGGGUUCCUGUGAUCGGUACAAGUUCUACUCGGUGAAUGUAGAUUACAGCAAACGAAAGAAGGUCCGGGCUUCUAAAUGAAAUAUUUCACUAAAAAGCUGCUUAGAAUGAAGGUCUUCCAGAAACCAUCCGCACAACCUUCCGCUCAUCCAGGAACUAUCUCCCCUCUAAAUGCA